AAUCAAUGUUCAGGCCGGUUGUGGACGCCAUUAUCUCGUUGGUUCAGAAGCAGCUUGAUGCUUCUCAAGUGAAAUGUCAAGCGAUCUUUUUGUGUGGUGGGUUUGGAGAAUCGCCGUAUUUAUUAAGAAAAGUGAAGGAGAGAUUUGAAUCACCAUCAACGAUGAUUUGUGCACCACAUCAGGCUGUCACUGCUAUUGUUCGUGGUGCUGUUUUAGUAAGCAUUAACGAAAGUUCUGUGAAAACACGUGUAUUAAAAUGGACAUACGGCAUAGAAUGUUACAGACAAUGGGACAAAGCAAAAGAUAUGCUUGCGCGUAGAGAACCAGAUGGUCGUGUAAGAGGAUUCGACAAAUUAGCAACUCGUGGGGAGAUGGUAGACGUCAAUCAAGAAUACAAAAAUAAAUAUUCUACAAAUCAUGCUGACCAGACGCGAGUCUCAUUCCCUGUAUAUACAUCGAACAAUGAAAACGAGUUAUAUUGUGAUGGACUGACGCGUUUAGGACUACUGGAGAUAGAUGUCCCGAAAGAUCCUCGGGGACAAAAACAAGAUAUAGAAUUUUCUUUAUUUUUUGGGCAAAUGGAAAUUCAAGCAGCGGCACGUGUUCUGCGAACAAAUCAAAUGUGUCAUACUACACUUAAAUUCGAUCAGUAG